GAAAAAAUGCAGUUGCUGCCAAAAAUUAUUAUUUUUAUAGGCUACACACAAACACGCCCUAAACCUGGCAUAGAAAAAUCGUGCGACCCCCGUCUGCAGAUUCAACUCGUUGGGAUUGGGCCGAGAGAGAGAGAGAGAGAGAGAAGAAAUGGGGAAAAUACCGGUGAAGGUAAAGGCGGUGGUCUACACCCUCUCGCCGUUUCAGCAGAAGGUGAUGGCGGGCCUAUGGAAGGAUUUGCCUAACAAGGUCACUCACAAGGUCACUGAUAACUGGAUCAACGCUACCCUUCUCCUUGGCCCUUUGGUCGGCACCUAUGCGUAUGUCCAACACUACCUGGAGAAGGAGAAGCUGGCUCACAGAUACUGAAUUCCCAUUAAAGGAGCAUGGUUUUUUUUUUUUUUGGGGGGGGGUGGGGGGGUGGGGGUUGGUUUUGCUGGUAGUUUAGCUUAGUGUGUUGCUGUUGGAAAUUUUCGUUGGAUUGCAACCAUGUUCCUACCAGAUCUGAGUUGCUGUGGUUCCAAAUUGGAUGUUUGUCAGAUUAUUUCUCUAUUUUGCUGAUGCUUUGCAAAUUUGGCACUGGACAAAGUAAUAAUAAAAGUGAUUAUCAAA